AUGACGAGCGUGAGAAGUGGGUUGCAUGAACUUAAUCUGGCCUCAAGAAGAGCCGAAGAAGCCGCGGCGAGGCGAUUCCAAGCCGUGCAAUGGCUUCAUUCGGUGGUGGGUCAACUCGGUAUUCCGACUCAGCCGUCGGAGAAAGAGUUCAUUUCUUGCUUGAGAAAUGGUAUGAUACUGUGCAAUGCGAUCAACAAGAUCCACCCAGGAGCCGUUCCCAAGGUUGUGGAGAACUACUCCCAUCUGCAGUCGUUUAACCGAGAGUACCAACUUCCUCAAGCUUAUCAAUAUUUCGAGAAUGUCCGGAAUUUUCUUGUGGCUUUAGAACAUUUGAGGCUUCCAGGAUUUGAAGCUUCUGAUCUCGAAAAGGAUAAUCUAGAAUUUGGAUCAGUGACAAAGGUUGUGGAUUGCAUUUUGGGGCUGAAGGCAUACCAUGAGAGCAAGAUGACGAGCAGUGGUAAUGGGUUCUACAAGCACAUCAAGACGCCAACGUUUCAGCUCUCUGCAACAAAGGUUCAGCCACUAAGUGCUUCCAAAACGUCUAGGCAUCUAGAUAUGUCCUCAGUCCGUGACAAGAACGAUUGCAUUGAUGAUGAAUCUGAUAAACUCAAAGUGAUAGCCAAGUUGUUUGCCGAUCACAUUUUCAAUUCCAAGGAAAACAUUGUUGAGAAUCUUAUGUCACUUGAGCAUGGCAGUGAGAAUUCUAGAGUAAACUUCGAGAAAAUCAUCUCAAGGUUCCCAGAGCUUCAGUCAGUGUUCAAGAAUUUUCUUAGCGAAGGUACCCUGAAACCAUCAGACUUAAAAUCCAUGCCUCUGGAGGAGUUACCUGUCCGUGAAGAAGACCAAUCAAGCAGAAGUCUCCUAAAGAAAACAAACUCCAACCAUAGGCGUUUACUGAAAUCACAAGAAAAGGAGCUAGCGGUUCUCAAGACUUUGUUUAUAAAUACGAAGCAGGAUUUUAAGGAAUUUCAGGUCCAUUUGCAAAGAGAUCUGAUGGAACUAGGGAAUCAGAUGCAAGAGAUGUCAUCAGCAGCUCAAGGAUACUACAAAGUGGUGGAAGAGAACCGAAAAUUAUACAACAUGGUGCAAGAUCUUAAAGGAAAUAUAAGAGUCUUCUGCAGAGUUAGGCCGAUCUUCAAUAGAGAAAUGAAAGGAGUAAUAGAUUACAUAGGAAAAGAUGGCUCUCUCUUUGUUGUGGAUCCAUCAAAGCUCCAAAAAGAUGCACGAAAAACGUUUCAGUUUAACCAAGUAUUUGGUCCAACGUCAACUCAAGAUGAUGUAUACAAAGAAACACAACCACUAAUCAGAUCAGUGAUGGAUGGUUACAAUGUCUGCAUUUUUGCUUACGGCCAAACAGGAUCAGGGAAGACAUACACAAUGAGUGGUCCGCCAGGCAGGUCAGCUAGUGAGAUGGGAAUUAACUAUCUAGCUCUCAGUGAUCUCUUUCUUAUAUGUGAUAAAAGGAGGGACAUGAUGACGUAUGAGAUAUACGUUCAAAUGGUUGAAAUCUACAAUGAACAAGUCCGAGAUCUUCUUGCGGAAAAUUUCACCUGCACCAAAUAUCCUUUCAUAGUUCCCAAUAUUCGGACUUGCUCCAGCGAGGAUGAUGGCUUGAGUCUUCCAGAUGCUACAAUGCAUUCUGUGAAUUGUACCAGAGAUGUCCUAAAGCUGAUGGAGGCUGGUGAGGUGAACCGUGCUGUUAGUUCCACAUCCAUGAACAAUCGAAGUAGUCGGUCUCACAGUAUAUUUAUGGUGCACGUACGUGGGAAAGACACAUCUGGCGGUACCCUGCGGAGUUGCUUGCAUCUGGUUGAUCUUGCAGGGAGCGAGAGAGUAGAUAAAUCAGAGGUUACAGGAGACAGGCUCAAGGAAGCACAAUAUAUCAACAAAUCUCUCUCUUGUCUCGGAGAUGUGAUUUCUGCAUUGGCUCAGAAGAAUUCUCACAUCCCAUAUCGAAACAGCAAGCUCACUCUUCUACUUCAAGACUCAUUAGGAGGGCAAGCCAAAACAUUAAUGUUUGCUCAUUUGAGUCCUGAGGAAGACUCCUUUGGGGAAACAAUCAGUACACUGAAAUUCGCACAAAGAGUUUCGACAGUCGAACUUGGAGCUGCUCGUGCACACAAAGAGACUAGAGAGGUUAUGCAUCUCAAGGAGCAGGUUGAGAACCUGAAGAAGGCUUUGGGUGCCGAAGAACCGAAAAAUGUUUCCUACAGUGGAGCAAAGGAGAUAAAAUCUCCUUUCAGCAGGCCGGUCGCAACUACAGAGAGAACUCCUCCACGUCUCAGAAGAUUAAGCAUUGAAAACUGUAGCAACACAAAAGUGACAAAUCACCUUGAAGACAGAAAAGGUGUUAAAUCACCUUUGCCCUCCCGCCGUGCGAAAAGAAUGAGUUUGGAGGGUCCCAAGCCCUGUAAAACCGAAGAACAAGCUAAAGGAGAUCUCACCAUGGAAGUGAACCAGCUCAAGAACCCACGGAGUCCUGUAAGCUCUUACCAAACCAGAGCAGUGAAAGUAGACGGCAGAACAAGCAUUCCUCAGUUCCAGCUACUGCAGACACCUGAUAAAGGAUCUUCCAGAAAUGAGGUACAGAUCAUUUCUGUGGAUUCUAGGACAAAUGGAAAAAGUUCACACAUACGGAAGUCACUGAGGACAAUCGGGAAGCUCAUCAAUGGUUCAGAGAAGAGGAAAGAGAACAUGCCUACAGAUCCAAGAUCACCGCUUGGAGUCUCAACUAAUUUCAGUGGUAUAAAGUCGCCACACACAAGCAACGCUAAGACAGUGCGAAGGCAAUCACUCACAGGUGUGAUGCCAUCAGGACCAGAAAGAUCACGCAGAUCCUCUAUAGGAGGAAACACAAACCCAAUUGAGAUUAAUGGUGUAAAUGGUGCAAGAAAUGCAAAAACACCUCCACCUAUGCGUUCACCAACAAAGAUAGGGAAGCAAUGGGCCUAG